AUGAGUUACGAAAAAGAUAACCCCGCUUUUAAAACGUACAAGUCAUUUGCUUUACUUCCCACUUAUACAGAAGUGACAAUUCUUCCACAAAAAACAGCUUUUUUGACUCUAUUGAAUUUACAAGUACAACUUUCGCAACGAGAUCUUACUCGUAAAACUAAACGAAAAUGUUUAAAAUCACUGGUUGUUUCUGUAAAUGCCAAAAUUAAAGACAAUGAAAAUAUAUCCGGCUCUUUAUCUUUCUCAGCUUCACCUGUUAUUGACCUCGAUGAUGGCCUGAUAAAGCAGGCGAUAUCACCUUCUGGAGAGUAUUUGGCUGUAUUGCGAGUUGUAGAGAAUAACAAAGAAAAGGGGAAAAAGAAAUUCGUUGAAAUCCGGCGAAAAGGGACUCUCUUGCAUGUAUUAGAUGUCACCGAUGAUCAUGGCGAUUUUUAUGGAGAUUCCCAAAUAGGAAGCUUAGAGUGGUCUCGAAACGAAUCUCAGAUUGCGUAUAUUGCUGAACGUAAAGCCUCAGAAGAUAUUAGUCAAAAAUUUGAUUUUAUUGAUGAUUGGGGGGAACAAUUAUCCAAUAAACGUCACUCGGCUAUAGUUAUUGUUGAUAUAGCGUCAUCAUCAUCACCACAAAGUAAUGAUGGAGAGAGUGGUAGCGGUGUCGUAAAGGUUUUACCAGCUUUUGAAGGUGUUGUACCUGGACAUUUAAGUGUUGGUAUUGAACACGCACGAUCUCCAAGACUGAACCUCACGGGGGAUUUAUUGGUGUUUUUAAGUAAUAAAGCAGGAGGACCUCACUGGUCAUGUUCAGAACUUCGUUCGUAUGAUUUUAAAACCGGGACACAUCGUAUCGUUGUGCCGAUAAUACAUGAUCCAAGUAAACCGCAUUCAUCAUCAUCACCGUCAUAUCCAAUCGAAUUUCCUGGACUCUACAUUGAUCAAUUACCGCGCCGGUCCUCAUUCAUUUCGAUUGAAAACACCGAAUACUUGUUAGUGCAUAGUCAUUGGCGAAGUUGGAAAUUAGUUCUUGCGGUGAAUUUGUUAAACGGAGAUGUGUUGGAUCUUUCGUCAUCAUAUGCAGCCAGUGAAACUCUUAAUUACAAGAGUUAUGAUUUAUUUGCUGUUUGGGAUAAGUUCAUAGUGAUGACUGAAAGUGCUCCUAAUCAAGUGGAUACACUUAUACUUGGAAUUGUGAAUGGAUUUAACCCCAUUACCAAAGACUUCGAUAUCUCAUGGACACCAAUUGAUAAACCAAAUGACGAAGAAGUUGCUCCUAUCCUAUCAAACAUUUCAUGGUCUGUAGUGACGCCUUAUCAAGAUAAUCUCAACCUCGAAAUGAUACAUAUUAAACCUAUCACUACAACAACUACCACUACAAAUGAUGAUAACAACAAUAAUAAUACCUCGGAAACCAACAAACAAUCCAAAUUGCCUCCAUUAAUUGUGUAUCCACAUGGUGGUCCACAUACUUCAGUCACUACAGGACUUCAUCUCCUUGUGACCACUUUAGUGUCCAUCGGGUUUCAAAUUGUUGAAGGUUGGCUCUUCUUAUGCGUAGGAUUUGGACAAAAUUCUAUCGAAUCAUUAGUUGGACAAAUCGGUGAACUUGAAGUUGAAGAAGUUCAGUCCACAGCUAAAUAUUUGAUUGAUAACAAUCAAGCGGAUCCAAAUCGAGUGGUGAUCAUGGGUGGGAGUCAUGGUGGAUUCAUUUCGGCCCAUUUGAUCGGAAAAUAUCCAGCAAGUGAUUUUUAUAGAGCAUGUGUUUUACGAAAUCCAGUUUUGAAUAUUGGAGGUGAGAGUAAUAAUCAUGACGAUGAUAAGAUCAAAGAUAAUUCCGUUAUUAAUAAUGGAAUUCUAUAUCUUUUUAUUACCUUAGGAAUGGCUUCUCUUACUGAUAUUCCUGACUGGUGUUUUGCCGAACUAUCAAUCCCCUACACAUUUGCCCAACCAUCACUUGUCCUCCCAAGCACAUACACACAAAUGUUCUCCCAUUCCCCUGUGAAAAAUAUUGAUCGCGUCAAGACACCCACGUUGUUAACCCUCGGAGAACAAGAUCAUCGUGUUCCACAUAUUGAUGGGCUAAAUUGGUGGUAUUACUUGAAAGGGAGAAGUCAAAAUAAUGGUGAAAAGAUUGACAUUCGAUGCAAGAUGUAUCCCGAAACAGGACAUGCUUUGGAUAGCGUUGAGGCCGAGUCAGAUGGAGCUGCAGAGAUUCUUAGAUUUUUGGGAGAGAAAUUGUGUGUUUGA